AUGGACGCGCCAGCACAGAGGAAGACCAGGGUCUUCAAUCGUAGAGAGAUUGAAGGUCAGAUCGCCAAUGGCAAGGCCAUUGUCAUUGUUGAUAGUAAAGUCCUGAAUGUGGGAGCUUGGAUGCCAUAUCACCCUGGUGGUGACAAGGCUAUGCGACACAUGAUCGGCCGCGAUGCUACGGACGAGGUUACCAGGUUUCACUCUUUUCAAUCUCUCGAGCUCAUGAAUCGCUACCAAGUCGGCCGCAUCGAAGGACGCUGGACCAACUUCCUACCGCCGAUCCAGGGAGGAAGGUUCAGGACACAGGAAGAGCUAGAGAAGCUCUCGGAGCAGGAAUAUUUGGAGUCGUGCUCGUCUUCAGACCAUGAGGGAGCUAGCUCUACCUCCUCUGCAGACCAGAGUCCUAUCUUCGAGCCAGCAGACAAAUCGUCCUUUGUGCGCCAGCGACACACGACCAAUAUCACCCGCGCUUCCUCUUUAUCUUCCGUAUCUUCGAUUGGCCUCGAUGACGCGGCAGCAUCGCCGAAGAUGUCUGUGUUGGACAGGCGUACGCAGCAAGAGUUGGAUUUCGACAAGGCGAAAUAUCCCUCAACAGAUCCGGAGACACAAGACAAGAUCACUCAGAAGUAUCGGGCUCUGCAGAAGGAAAUCCAGGCGCGGGGACUGUACGACUGCAGCUACGCCUCGUACGGCAUAGAAUGUCUGCGAUAUGGAGCCUUGAUCGCGCUGUUCUUCUACGCCUUGUGUUCAGGCUGGUUUAUUGCGAGUGCUAUCCCACUCGCUUGCGUCUGGCACCAGCUCACAUUUACGGUCCAUGAUGCUGGUCACAUGGGCAUCACUCACGAUUUCACGACCGACACGACCAUCGCCAUGUUCAUCGCAUCCUAUAUGGGAGGCCUCAGUGCGUGCUGGUGGAAGUUCAACCACAAUGUCCACCACCUUGUCACAAAUGACCCAGAGCACGACCCUGAUAUCCAAUACAUUCCCAUUUUUGCCAUCACUCACCGAUUCUUGGAGAGCCUUACGUCAACAUACUAUGAGAGGGUCAUGGAGUACGAUGCGGCGGCGAAGAUCUUGGUGCGCAUCCAGCAUUAUACGUACUACCCGAUCAUGUUGUUCGCUCGUUUCAACCUGUACAGGCUAUCGUUGGAGUAUCUUCUGGGAGGCAAGGGCCCAAAGAAGGGGCUGGCGCGGUGGCACCGCUACUUCGAGAUGGUCGGCAUGACGGUGUUUUGGACAUGGUACGGCUACGGUGUCGUCUACAAGACCAUGCCAGACAACUUCAGCCGCUUCUGGUUCGUCCUGAUCAGCCACGCUCUCACAUCGCCCUUGCACGUGCAAAUCACACUGUCGCAUUUCGCAAUGAGUACAACGGAUCUCGGCAUUCACGAGUCCUUUGCUCAAAGAAUGUUGCGCACAACUAUGGAUGUCGACUGCCCGCAGUGGCUUGACUUCUUCCACGGUGGCCUUCAGUUUCAGGCCAUCCACCACUUGUACCCGAGGAUUCCAAGACACAACCUCAGGGAGACGCAGAAGCUGGUGCAGGACUUUUGCAACGAGGUGGACAUUCCUUAUGCGCUGUAUGGAUUCGUGGAUGGAAACAAGCAAGUUAUUGGCAAGCUGGCGGACGUAGCAAGGCAGGCGGCCAUUUUCGCGGAGUGUCAGAGGAUCAUGGCGGCAGAGGGAGACUAUGGGCUGCAUUAG